AUGUUAGGUAUAGGUGAAUAUACUUUUUUAUCUAUAAUAUUUUUAUACAUAUUAUUUACAAUAUUUCCUAAAUAUGUUGCUUUGGGAUUAAUUGUUAUAAUAGUUUCAUUAAUAUUUUGGAAAUUAAAUAAUUAUAAAAAUUAUUGGGUGAAAAGAAAUGUACCUUCACCAAAAGGAAAUUUACUUUUUGGAAAUAUAAAAGAAAUUUUUAGUGAUGUGAUAGGUUGUGAUAAAAGGUGGGAAAAAAAAUUUGGUGAAACAUAUGGAGUAAUGAUGUUCAUGGUUCCAAUUUUAAAUACAACAAAUUUAAAUAUUAUUAAAGAAGUUUAUGUAAAACAAUUUGACAAAUUUAUUGAUAGAAAUGUAGAUUUUUCAUACAAUUUUAUGAAGGAUAAAAGUUUAAUUGGAAAUGUGAUGUUUAUGAAAACAGGAGAAGAUUGGAGAAGAAUAAGAAAUUUAUGUUCACCAGCUUUUACAACUGGAAAGAUAAAAAUGUUUGUAAAAUUUUUCAAUGAAACAAUUGAUAAAACUGUAGAAAUAUUACGAAAUUAUGAAAUAGAAGAUAAAGUUAUUGAUUUAAAGGAGUUAUGUGAUAGAAUGACAUUGGAUUCAAUUUUUAAGACUACCUUUGGUUUUGAAACUGAUUUACAAGAAGACCCUAAUAAUCAUAUUUAUGAACAUUCAAAAAAAUUUUUUGAUUCAAAUUUAUAUGAUCCAGGUUUUUUAUUUGCUGUUUUAUUUACAGAAACAUCAAAUAUUUUAAGAAUAUUUUUUAAUUAUAACAUUAAAAAUAACAAAGAACUUAAAUAUUUUACAUAUAUUCUUUCAGAAUGUUUUGAAAAAAGAAAAAAAGAAUUAGAUGAAAAUAUAAAUAAUGAGGCUCCUGAUUUUUUUAAAGUCCUCCUUCAAUCGUUUAAUGAAAAUGAUAAUAUUAAAGAAAAAGAUAGAGAAAAUAACUUUGAAAAAGCAACAUUAAAUCAAAAGAAAAAAGGAAUGUCUAAAAUUGAGAUUCUUGCUCAGGGAUUUUUGUUUCUUCUUGCAGGUUAUGAAACAACAGCAAAUACUGUUCAUUUUCUUUUAUUCAUGUUGGCUCAUCAUCAAGAGUACCAAGAAAGGUGUAGAGAAGAAAUAUUAGAAGCACUUCAAGAAAAGAAUGUUGACUAUAUAGAUUAUGAUACUGUAAAUAAAUUAAAUUACCUUGAUCAGUGUGUUAAAGAAUGUUUAAGAAUGUAUCCACCAGUAGGAAAAAUUUCCAGGUUAUGUGUUGAAAAAACAACUAUUAAUAAUAUAGACUUUGAGCCAGGUAUGAUGGUAUCAAUACCAAUAUUUAAUAUGCAUUAUAAUGAAAAAAUAUAUCAAAAUGCAAAUAUUUUUGAUCCAGAAAGAUUUUCACCAGAAAAAAGAUUAGGAAUAGAUCCAUUAUAUUACUUGCCUUUUGGUUAUGGUCCAAGAAAUUGUAUUGGUUCGAGAUUUGCUAUAUUAAGUAUGAAAGUUUACAUUUCUCGACUUUUAUUAAAAUAUAGAUUUAUAACUUGCAAUGAAAGUCUUCCCUUACCAUUAGAAAUUACUUCGGUAGGAAUGACAAAACCUAUAAAACCAUUGUACUUGAAAGUUGAAACAAUAUCAUAUUAA